GCCUAUACAAGAAAGCACUUCUCUUUCUGACGGUGGUUCAGCUCCUGAUGGAAGAGCAAAACGUUAUCACAGAGGUCCCAGCAGCCCUAAAGCGCCUGGCCAAAUAUAUAGUGCGUGGUUUCUAUGGAGUAGAGUACUCCCUGGCCCUCGAUAUACUGAUCCGCUACCCCUGUGUGAAAGAGGAUGACUUGUUACAGUUGCUCAAGUACGAACGUAAACAACUGCGUACUAUCCUCAACACACUCAAGGCAGACAAGUUUGUGAAGCUGCGUAUGCGAGUUGAAACAGGGCCUAACGGGAAGAGCACAAGGCACAAUUACUAUUACAUCAAUUACAAGGUGCUGGUGGAUGUGGUAAAAUACAAACUGGAUCAUAUGCGCCGGAAAAUAGAAGCAGAUGAACGGGAUUCAACUACCAGGUCCUCUUUUAAAUGUCCAUCUUGCUCCAGCACGUACACGGACCUGGAAGUCAAUCAGCUCUUCGAUGUAUUUACAGAGACUUUCCGCUGCACUUACUGCAACACUGAAGUAGAGGAAGAUGCCUCAGCACUUCCUAAGCGUGAUGCUCGAACCUUGCUAGCAAAAUUCAAUGAGCAGAUUGAACAUAUCUUUGUGCUACUGCGCGAGACUGAAGAUAUUGUUCUGCCGUAUGACUUGCUGGAGCCUCAGCCAACGGAAAUACCAGAAUUAUCAGAAAGCUUUGAUCAGAAGGUGGGUUCAAGUGUGCUGGAAUCCUGCAGCCGACCUGAAAAAUGGGCCGACAGAAGUUCCUCUUUUGGCAACAUGUAUACCCAAAACUUAGUUAUUGAUGUCCAAGAUUCUGAGCCCAAGAAGAAAACAAGAGAAAAAGCAACUAAAGAGCAACCUAUCUGGAUGUCACAGAGCACCGUGGAAGGAGCAACAACAGCCACCAACAAUAGUGUUGUAGGAGUAAAUCCUUCUGAAGAAACUGAGGAAAGUGUUAAAGAAACUGUCCCCGAUAAUGAAAUCAUCAAGACUCUUCUGAUCCAUGAAUCCAAGUCAUCAUCUAGCACAGACCAGGCUCCUGUUGUCAAAAGCAAACUACCUGAAUCAGGCAGUGAUGCUAGUGAGUCUGAAGAAGAUGCCAAGCAUUCAAGAAGAGCAGGAAGCAACUUUGAACAAGAGGAGGAACAGGAAACACAAGGUCCUAUUUUAAUGGUAGCUGGUCAGCCUCGUUCAUAUGAUGAAGUUAGUCAAAAUCCAGAGCUUGUCUCUCUCAUGACAAAUGAAGAGAGAGAAGCUUAUAUAAAAGUAGGGCAAGAAAUGUUCCAGUCUGUCUUUGAAUAAAUACUACUGUAUGAAUAUGCAAACUUGUAUAGAAUGGGUGAAGGCUUCUUUUGAAAUAAGACAGUCUAAUAAUUUAUGUUCUUCAGAGUUUACCACUGAAAGGUUAAGUUCUGUUUGAACUCCUUGUUAUGCAAGAUAGUAAUCCUGUAGUAGGUAACUACAGUUCAAAAUACUAGCAUUGCAGCAAAAGCAACCCAAAGUUACCGUGGGUUUUCUGUUGUCUUAAUGCUUAGACUUUGUAAAUCCUGUAGUUUUGGAGCAUGAAUCAUUUCAGGAUACAAUGGGAUCUGAUUAAAAUAAAGUUUCAAAAGCAAUGUUGCAAUCUAUUGUAAGAAAUCAGUUAUUCCACCUUCCUCCCAGAAGUAGCAGAUACUUCCAGCAGUGAAAAUGAGUCAAAGUCCAACAUGAUUUGGUUUCAUUCCAUACCAGUGUGUUCUAUUGUUUGGUUAGGUCAUUCGCUAUAUAACAGUAACAGACAGGUGUUAUACAGCAACCUCCCUCUAAGGGAAGAGCUGUUACUAAAUUGUGUUAGGUAUAGAAGAGAACCAGCUCUGGCCUCUUAACUUUCAUCUUAAAAACAAUUAUCUGAAUUCUUUGUACUCACUGCUCCACAGAACUGCCUCUGAAGUGAUUGAACUGUGCAAUGGAUACUGGACAGUAAAAUAUAACAUUCAUUUUGGUCCAGAUUGGCGAGGAAGCAAGCAAGGUAUCAAGCAGAAGAUUGCUUCUCAUAGCUCAUUCACACACUCUCCUGUAAUCUUUUUAAGGAAGAUCUUCUCUACUACUACUGGAAAAACACAUUCUACUUGAACUGAAC